GCUGCAUUUGCGUGACAUCAAAACUGGAACGGAGCGGCCCUUGUACUUCGACGUGGCUGGCGAGGUCACUAUUGGCGAUCUCCGUAAAGCCACCCUCCGUCGCUUUCCAGUUAUCUUGUGCCGGCGCAAGGUGAAACUCUUCGUGAUGGGUCAGAUGUUAGAAGAUGACUUCUUGCCACUUUUCCACAUCAGAGGGAUUUAUGAAGGGGCUACAGUGAACUUCAUGCCAGGGCAGCGUCUCUUGGAAGCUACGCCGUCGCCGAAGAAGAAGUCCUGGAAGAAUGAAGUCGACGACUUCUUAGAUGACUUGAACGAAUUCGACGAUGCCUCGACCGUUUUCGAUUCCGAUGAGGAACAUGAGCGACAUGACACUUUGACUCAGUCUGCUCCCGUGAGCCGCUUGGCGUCGAGUCAGUCCGCCGAGAGAGCCAAGGGCAAGCUCGCACCAAAGUACGAGGACCAGCAGGACCAGCAUCCAAAGCAGCGGCCGAGACAGCACCAGGGCCGGAAGCAGCACGGCCCCGACCAGCACACGAAGCAGCUUACGAAGCACAGGGGUGCAAACUACGGCUAA